AAAAAAGCCUGUCUUUUCGUUGACGAGGACAGGGAUUAAAAUGAACGAAGACCCGAAGGUCAAUCUAAGCGGCUCGCCUCGGGAUUACUUGGAUGCCGCUGCUGCCGUGGUGGAGAACGUGUCGGGCUCCGUCUCCUCCCAGGUUCCUGUCUCGGAGCCAGACCCAGAGCUUGUCGUCAACCCCUGGGACAUCGUCCUGUGCGCCUCGGGAACCCUCAUCUCCUGCGAAAACGCCAUCGUGGUCCUCAUCAUCCUCCACAGCCCCAGCCUGCGGGCCCCGAUGUUCCUGCUCAUAGGGAGUCUGGCUCUCGCGGACCUGCUGGCCGGCGUUGGGCUCAUCAUCCACUUCGUCUUUGCCUACCUGCUCCAGUCGGAAGCCACCAAGCUGGUCAGCAUCGGACUCAUCGUCGCCUCUUUCUCUGCCUCCGUCUGCAGCCUGCUGGCCAUCACCGUCGACCGCUACCUCUCCCUGUAUUACGCUCUGACGUACCAUUCGGAGAGGACGGUCACGUUGACCUAUGUCAUGCUGGUCCUGCUCUGGGGGACCUGCAUCUGCCUGGGGCUGCUGCCCGUGCUGGGCUGGAACUGCCUGCGAGACGAGUCCACCUGCAGCGUGGUCAGACCCCUCACCAAGAACAACGCGGCCAUCCUGUCCGUCUCCUUCCUCUUCACGUUCGCGCUCAUGCUGCAGCUCUACGUCCAGAUCUGCAAGAUCGUGAUGAGGCACGCCCACCAGAUCGCCCUGCAGCGCCACUUCCUGGCCACCUCGCACUACGUGACCACCCGCAAGGGGGUCUCCACCCUGGCCAUCAUCCUGGGGACGUUCGCCGCCUGCUGGAUGCCUUUCACGCUCUAUUCCUUGAUAGCCGAUUCCACCUAUCCCUCCAUCUACACCUACGCCACCCUCCUGCCCGCCACCUACAACUCCAUCAUCAACCCUGUCAUAUACGCGUUCAGAAACCAGGAGAUCCAGAAAGCCCUCUGCCUCAUUUGCUGCGGCUGCGUCCCAGCCAGCCUCUCCCAGAGGGCGCGGUCCCCCAGCGACGUGUAGCCCCGCAUCCCCCUCCCGGGGUCCUACGCACUCAAUGCUGCAUCUGCCAAGCACUCCCACCGC